AUGGCUAACUAUUCGUUUCUUACAGAUUCGGAAACGGAGAAAGAGGAUCUGUCGCCAAAAAAAGAGAACAACAAUUCGGUAUUCGCGAAUUCAAAGUCGCCGGAAAAAAAGGCCAAUGGUGUGCCAGAAAUCAGCAAUUUGAGUAUGGUAAAUACUCCGGAACUCAGUCCUGUGAAAACUAUGAGGAAUGGGGAAAUCGAGGAUGUUGAAGUUAAAAGAACAAAGAAGUGGCCGAUUGACAAAGCUUACUUCAUCGCAAAAGAGCUUCUCAUGACAGAAAGAACCUACAAGAAAGAUUUGGAUGUCAUAAACCUCUGGUUCCGAGAGGAAUUGACGAAAGAAUCGGACACUGAAGGCGACUCUGUGGUGAGUUUACUGGAGUUUCUCGCUGAUGCGCAUGGGCCUUGCCUUCAAGAAAUGGAGGCUCGCUUGGCUCGGUGGGAGAGCAAUGCGAGGCACAAUAUCGGCGAUUUUCUUUACAAUACACUUUUGAAUAUUCUUCCACUUUACGACCAGUACUUGGAAAAUUUGAUGCCCGUUUUGGAAAAAAUGGAAUAUUCAAUUCGAACGUCAAAGCAAUUCGAUCAAUUGUGUCGGGAUUUUGAAUCUCAGAAACAUUGCUACCUGCCGCUGAGCUCGUUUCUCUUGAAGCCGCUGCAGCGAUUAUUCCACUACAACAGUAUUAUCGAUAGGUUACUAGAUCAUUAUCCGAAAGAUCACACAGAUUUCGAAGACUGCUUAGCUGCUAGGGACAGACUCGGAGAAACACUACUUGAGGCUUUCACCAUUUUGCAUCAAGCGGAAAAUCUCGUUCAGCUUUGCGAAUUGCAAAGAGACAUAAGCGGUUUUGAUCAUCUAGUCCAGGGAGACCGGAAAUUUAUUAGACAAGGUUGCUUACAGAAAUACAGUCGCAAAGGCUUUCAGCAGUGGAUGUUUUUCUUGUUUUCGGACGUAUUACUGUAUACAUCCAGAACUCAGCAACCCUCUCAGUGUUUCCGAGUGCAUGGUCAACUUCCUCUGAAAGGCAUGUCGAUUCAAGAAAACGAUAACAAAACAGGAGCAGAGUUUGCUUUUGUUAUUCUAGGUCAAGACAAUCAUUAUUUGACAGUCGCGGCUAAUAAUGAAGAAGAAAAAGAACGUUGGUUAGAAGAUUUAAAUUCGACUGUUGCGAUGGCAAAUUCAGCAGAUACUAAGUCGCCUUAUUUGAAUCUCAAAACGUGCAAUGAGAUGGGUGAUGGACUGGGAAUGGAGGUAGACAGAACAAGUUGUGGUGGAGCUAAAGCCUCACAAAGAAGCAACACAACUGUUCAUGUUUGCUGGCAUCGAAAUACAAGCAUCAGUUACAGCGACCAACUUCGGGCAUUCGAAAAUCAACUGAGUGGAUUUCUCCUGAGGAAAUUUAAAAACAGCAACGGAUGGCAGAGGCUGUGGGUCGUUUUCACCAACUUUUGUCUAUUUUUCUACAAAUCGCAUCGAGACGAUUUUCCACUGGCCAGUUUGCCUUUACUGGGUUAUACCGUCACAACUCCAUCGGAAAAAGAUGCAAUCAAUAAAGAAUUUGUCUUUAAACUCCAGUUCAAAAAUCACGUUUAUUUCUUCAGGGCAGAAAGUGAUUACACCUUUGGAAGCUGCGUCCUCUUCCUGAGGCGUAUCGUGCCUGACGCACCGCCAAGAGGCUGUCUUAAGUGA